AUUUAUCAUGUCCGGACUUUUGAGAAAUAUCCGCAAUGUUACCAGGAUCUCUUCAGCUCUGAGGAGCAAAGUUCAGGUUCGGUCCCUGAGUAUUGGAAGUACCCUGCUCCAGGCACAGGUUCAGAAACCUGCUCCGGCAUUCUCCGCCCAGGCAGUUGUUCAAGGACAGUUCAAGGAGCUCUCCCUGGCGGACUACAAGGGGAAGUAUGUUGUUGUCUACUUCUAUCCCCUCGACUUCACCUUCGUCUGCCCGACCGAGAUUAUCGCCUUCUCCGACAGAAUCAAGGAGUUCUCAGAUAUUGAUUGUGAGGUUAUCGGAAUCUCUACUGAUUCUCAUUUCUCCCACCUGGCUUGGAUUAACACCCCACGUAAACAGGGAGGUUUGGGCGGACUCAACUAUCCUCUUGUCUCAGAUUUCAAUAAAACUAUUUCCCGGGAUUACGGAGUUCUCAUCGAGGAGGCCGGAAUCGCACUCAGAGGAUUAUUUAUAAUUGACCCUCAAGGAGUGGUGAGACAGAUGUCUAUUAAUGAUCUUCCUGUUGGAAGAAGUGUUGAUGAAACUUUAAGGUUGAUAAAAGCUUUCCAGUUUGUUGAGAAACACGGAGAAGUUUGUCCUGCCAACUGGACUCCAGAUGCUCCAACCAUUAAACCUGAUCCUAAGGGGUCUCUGGAAUACUUUGAUAAGGUGAAUUAAGUAUGCUCAGAUAUAAGAAGAAACCAAGAAGAAAUAAAAAGAACUAUAUAUAUAUCCGAACCAUCAUUUGGAGUUCAUUCAGUCGUUAAAUAUUCUUAAUUGUCUACAAAGUAGAUUUUUACUUUCAGAA